AUCAGCAGACUGGAAGCCAAAUGGAAAAGCUUGGAUUUUAACUAGAGCAAUGAUCCAGCAUCACCCGAAGUACAGCCGUGGUGAGUGUGAUGCAAAAGCUGGUUGCUGAGGAAGGCAUUGAAAAAGACUUUCAUCACCCCAGCGGUUUACUCCCAAGCUCUUGAUCCAAAUGCAGCAAGAAACAACAUGGGAAGGCUGAUGUUUGUAGCUCCUCUGAUCCUAUUUGCUGUGAUGCUGAUGGCGACUGAGGGAAAAAAUUGUGCAUGCAAUGGGAAAUCGAGAUGUCUCUGUGAAGGAGAAAAAGGCAGCAGGGGAGACAAAGGUUUUCCAGGAGAGACAGGUCCUCCGGGGGUUGCAGGCCGUCCAGGAUCAGACGGUCACCGUGGGCUGAUGGGACCAAAGGGCAGCACUGGGCCUGAUGGACCUCCGGGAUCAAAAGGAGAUCCGGGACUUGAAGGCAAAGAGGGAUUUGCUGGGUCUCAUGGCUUACCGGGUGUCCCAGGCUUACAAGGGCCUCCAGGGCCUCCAGGGGCCCCAGGCUGCAAUGGAACAGAUGGAGAUGCUGGACUUCCUGGUCCUCCUGGGAAUUAUGGUCUUGAUGGGAAUCCAGGUCCACCAGGUCUGCCUGGACCUAAGGGUGAAUCUUUCAUAUUAACCCAUUCACAACGUGGGCCUCCUGGGCUGCCUGGAAGAGAUGGAAGCCCGGGAGAUCCAGGUUUCCCUGGAGGGCAAGGGCCACAAGGGAACCCUGGAUCAAGGGGGUCUGUUGGGUAUCCUGGUCCCACAGGGGCUCGAGGAGUUAAGGGUCAAGAAGGCACAAGUGGUAUCCCAGGACCUCGAGGACCAAAGGGCACAGAGGGACCCCGAGGCCCACCAGGGCCACCUGGUCGGGUUAGAGAAUACCUGACAGAGAGCCUCGGUGUGUUGAAGGGGGUAAAGGGACAACAAGGUGAUUUUGGAGAUAAAGGCUGCAAGGGUGAACCAGGAGAUGCUGGCUUUAGCAUUUCUGCAAAAGGGACAAAGGGAGACAAAGGACUGCAGGGUCCAGAAGGAAAGCUCGGGAAGGAUGGCGACUCUGGACAACAUGGAGUUAGGGGAAGGCCUGGACCCAAAGGUGAUUCGGGAUAUCCAGGGGCACCAGGACCACUGGGUGAAAAAGGAAACAGAGGUCCACCUGGUCCACCUGGAAAUAUAUAUGGCCCUGUGACACAGCCACUUAAAGGAUACCAGGGUGAUCCUGGUUCUCCAGGCCAACCUGGGGUCCCUGGGCGUCAAGGCGUUGUGGGAUUCCCUGGACCUCAUGGACCUCCAGGCUAUGGAUCUGGGACUUCUGUACCAGGCCCUCGUGGUCCCAAUGGAUUGCCAGGCCCCAAAGGAGACCCUGGAGAGCCUGGAGACAUUUAUCCAGGACGACCAGGUCUAGAAGGGGAUCCUGGUGACCAAGGGCCUCCUGGUGAUCCAGGCCCACCUGGACCUCCUGAAGACAGAACUAACAGGAUUACCAAGGGUCUCCCAGGCAUGAAGGGAAUGAGGGGUGUACCUGGACCUGUUGGAUAUGAUGGAACAUUUGGAAUGAAAGGAGAGAAGGGGGAGCCUUGUUAUGAAUGUGAAGGAUCAGGACCUCCAGGACCUCCGGGUCCCCGUGGUGUGCCUGGCAGUCCUGGCUAUAAUGGAGGACCAGGUAACAAAGGCGAUCCAGGGUUCCCAGGACCUCGAGGUUCACCUGGAAGUCAUGGUCCCACUGGUGAACCAGGAUUUUCUGGCCCUCCAGGACCAAAGGGAGACUCAUAUUCCUACAACACUCCUGGGAUAAAGGGUGAAAAAGGAGAGCCAGGACAGCCUGGCCGGCGGGGUCCAGAUGGCAUCCCUGGGUCUCCUGGAUUACCAGGUCGCAAAGGCAAUCAAGGACUUCCAGGAGAUUCAUAUCCCUACCUUGGUGCUGUUGGAGACCGUGGGUUCCCAGGCCAGCCAGGGCUUCCAGGCAGCCUAGGACCAGUUGGCUACCCUGGGCCAGGAGGUUAUGGGCCUGAUGGAUUUACAGGAAGUAAGGGAGAUGCUGGGGUACCUGGCCUGCCAGGACAGCCAGGAUUUCCAGGCCAAAAGGGGGAACCUGGCCACAUCCACAUCAGAGGACUUCCUGGACCACCUGGAAUUAAAGGACGGCCUGGUUCACCAGGAGGCCCAGGUUAUCAAGGGGCACCAGGUUCCCCAGGAUCACCAGGUGUUCCAGGACAGAAAGGGGAAACAGGCAGUGUGUCAGUUCCUGGACAGCCGGGGUUACCAGGAAGGAAAGGUGAAAAGGGGCAUCCAGGAGUCCCAGGUCCUCCAGUCAGGGGCUUUCCAGGUCAGCCAGGUGCACAAGGUCCUCCUGGUCCUCCAGGACAGAAGGGUGAGGGUGGCCUUGGUUAUUCUGGCCCUCCAGGCCCCCAAGGGCGUCCAGGUGAAGAUGGAGAUCCUGGGCCAGUUGGUAAUCCUGGGUUCACUGGUCAACCUGGAAAUCCAGGACCAGGAGGGAAUCCAGGGUUUCAAGGAGAUAAAGGAAGAAAAGGCCUUGUAGGUCCUCCAGGACUGCCUGGUAGCAAAGAUUUAUGUGAAAGUUUACCUGGACAUCAAGGACCACCAGGACCAGAUGGUUAUCCAGGACCUCCCGGAGUUAAUGGUUUGCCAGGUGAGAAGGGAAAUGUAGGUUCACCUGGGUUUGGUCGUCCUGGAGCUCCUGGUGAGCCUGGUGUCCCUGGACCAUCAGUGCCGGGUCCAAGUGGGCCUCCUGGACCAACAGGGAUUAAAGGACUAACUGGUGUGCCUGGCCAACCAGGACUGAGAGGGGACCCCGGACCAGACGGACUAUCAGGAUAUGGACCAGAAGGGUUGCCUGGAAGUAGAGGGGCACCAGGUCAAAUAGGUGACUCUGGCCGACAAGGAGCCAGAGGUCCUCCAGGUUUUCCAGGCACGAAAGGAGUACCAGGCCCCAGAGGUCCUCAAGGGUACCCAUCACCACCACAAAACUUUACUGGAAGCCCAGGCGAAAGUGGUGUACCAGGUUACCCUGGUCUAGCUGGUCCCGAUGGAGAGCCAGGAUACAAUGGACCAAAAGGGCAGCGAGGAAAACAGGGACUACCAGGGAGUCCUGGACAAAGAGGUCCUCCAGGUAUUCCAGGUAUUGAUGGAUCAGAGGUCUUACCAGGAAAUCCAGGACCUCCUGGACCCCCUGGAGAUCAUGGACCAAGAGGCCCUCCAGGGUACAAGGGACUUAAAGGAGAUCCAGGACUCCCUGGAGGACCAGGACCUAAUGGUGCUCCAGGGUUACCUGGUUACAGAGGACCUGUUGGAGAACCAAACUACCAUGGCUAUGGCCCACCUGGGCCAAUAGGACGAAAGGGUGAACCAGGAUUAAUUAACACUUUUGUGAUGAAGGGACACAAAGGAGAAUCUGGUAUUGGAGGUUCACUAGGUCUACCAGGAAAUCGCGGAGCCAAAGGAAACCCAGGAUCCAUUGGAGCAAAUGGUUCCCCAGGCAAUCAAGGGCCAAAAGGUUCAGAUGGCCCUCCAGGGGGCAAAGGACGACGAGGGCCUAUUGGAUCAGCAGGUAACCCGGGUCCACCAGGUGGCAUUGGUUAUCCAGGUUCUAAAGGCAACCAGGGUAAUGAUGGGAUCCCUGGGCCACCGGGGCAGAAAGGAGACACUGUCGUAAUACCAGGGAUGCCAGGGAGGCGCGGUGUCCCAGGUCCACCAGGUCCUCCAGGGGUGCCUGGUCUUCCUGGCCUCCCUUCUACAGGUACCCCUGGACCAACAGGGGACAGGGGACGUCCAGGUCCACCUGGUAAUAUGGGUCCAAGAGGACCACCGGGAUCAGAUGGGCUAUGUGUUUCUGGGUCUAAAGGAGAUCGUGGUCGUCCUGGCGGCCCUGGAAGCAGAGGCUAUCCCGGCCCACGUGGCCCUCCAGGUCCCACAGUCCCUGGGUUAAAAGGAGACAGAGGGGAUCCAGGGUUUUCAGGGAGUCCAGGUUAUAAUGGACAACCUGGAGAUUCAGGCCCUGAAGGGCCGCCAGGUCCAAGAGGCAGACGUGGAGGCCCUGGACCAAGAGGUGAUUCUGGUCCUCCUGGAUACCAAGGGCCCUAUGGAGACAAAGGAGACCCUGGAUACAUCCCAGGUUCACCUGGUUUUCCUGGAGCCAAAGGUUUUCCUGGACGACCAGGUCUUAAAGGUGAACCAGCAAUUGGCAGAGCGAUAUACGAACCAGGGCCUCCUGGUAUACCUGGUCCCCCAGGCAAUCGAGGACCCCCAGGGAGCACUGGUCCAUCAGGACCAUCGGGGCCCCCAGGCCCGCCAGGUGUCAAAGGAAGGCAGGGUUCCAGCCCACCUGGCCAGCCUGGAUUUACUGGACGCAAAGGAGAGAAAGGAAGAGCGGGACUGCAAGGUCCAGAAGGCAGACCUGGAAGCCCAGGAGUCAAGGGUCCAAGAGGUUUGCCCGGCAGAGGGGGUUUAGGUUAUGUGGACAGUUUCAUGAUUGUCAGACACAGCCAGAGUAUCCGGGUCCCCGACUGCCCUUAUGGCACCAGCCUUCUGUACAGUGGUUACUCCUUCCUCUUCAUCAACGGAAAUGAGAGAGCUCAUGGUCAGGACCUUGGCACCACAGGGAGCUGUCUGCCUCGCUUCACCACCAUGCCCUUCCUGUUCUGUGAUACAGAAAGUACCUGCCGCUUUGCUUCUCGUAAUGACUAUUCAUACUGGUUGUCCACUGACACACUUAUGCCUGCAGACAUGGUUUCUAUCACAGGGGACAGGCUGGCUUCCUACAUUAGCAGGUGUUCAGUGUGUGAAACCACCUCCAAUGUCAUCGCCAUCCACAGCCAGACAACUGUAAUACCACAGUGUCCCAGAAGCUGGGAAUCCCUAUGGACUGGAUACUCGUUUGUCAUGCAAACAGGUGCAGGAGCAGAAGGAUCCUCCCAGCCCCUGGUUUCUCCUGGCUCAUGUCUGGAAUAUUUCCGCCAAGUGCCCUUUAUCGAGUGUCACGGCAGGGGAACGUGUAACUACUACCCUGAUUCCUAUAGCUACUGGCUGGCCUCCCUCGACCCGAACAACAUGUUCAGUAAACCGGUUCCUCAGACAGUGAAGGGACCUUCUCUACAAAGUGUCAUCAGCCGAUGUCGGGUCUGCAGGAAACCACAGCAAUACAACACUGGUGAAAGACGUGGGGACACUUUUUAAUAAUAAUUAUGUUGAUUUUCAGUGUCAUUUAAAGUAGAGAAAUAUGAGAAAUGUGAGAUAAUGCAGUGUAGGUAGUUUGUGUUGUGUGUUUCUGUUUUUAAACUGCUGUGUUCCUGCCAUGAGUCUGUGUUUGAGUCUUCAACCAUCACCUUUAAUGGCAGUUGUUUUAAAAGCGCUGAUGAUCAUAUGCAUUACUUAAAGUCAUUAUGUGUUACAGCUGUAGAGUGCCGCAGGUGUGUAAUUAUUUGAGUGUUGCAGUUUUUUUCUCCACAGAGGUGUGCAUUCUAUCUUAGAUUUUUCAUCUUCCCUUUCUCACUUUAUUUUGUUAAUAAAACAACCAAGUGGCAUGUUGAAAAGAAGGCAUCUGUUACCAAGACAAAUCUAAAUUGUGACAAUGUAUGCCUUAACUGAUAAAAACACAACACCUACACCGCCCAUUUGCAUUUUCCAUUUAACACCAAAAGGUAUCGUUGAGUGUUUUCAUUUCUUUUCUUUUAAUUCAAAUGUCCUUAUUUGUGCAACCCACAGCCAGUCUAAUGAUAAAUAACUAACCCACCGUAUCACUGACAUGUAUUCGGUGCUUCAUUCCAAGUGAUCUAAGAGGGCUGGUGCAGUCCUGUCAGUGAAGGAUGUAAGAAAUAUAUAAUUAGGACAAAAUAAAUGGCACUUGUGUUCCUGUGACACCUGGAUGUUGUAAAUGUGAUGCUUGCUUUGGGAUUCUUAUGUGUUUUCAGACACAAAUAUGCAGGCAUUUUCACCCUCACUCUAAAAGCAGUUGUUUUGAUUUCAGUAUGUGAAAUCAUGCAUGGAAAAGAUUAAAUUCCAUGACUCAUAUUGCCUGCAACUUUUUCCAAUCCAUUUCUAAAUGUGCUGUGGGGAAGCAACACUGCAAUCAAAACAGGGCCGUCUCUGUAGCUUUGGGACAAAAAAAAUAUAAAAUGCAUAUUCAGAUUUUAAGAGGAAAUAUUUUAAGCUGUUCUUUUAAUUAUUGUUAUUAUUUUACAUUUUAUAUCUCUAUUUGGGUUUUCAAUUAGUGAAAGGUAUAUUAAUGUAAUUAGAAAUAAAGACAAAUAAUGGUUA